UCAGUUAGUUUCCGUGAAUGGAGUAAAGAGUGACUGUGUUCUCAAUAGACUUUCUCAUUUCCACACAAUCCAGGGCUUCCCCCCAGAUUUUAUGCACGACCUUUUUGAAGGAAUAGUGCCACGGGAAUUAAGUCUAUGCAUAAAGUCUCUGAUAUCCAAACAGUACUUUACAAUAGAAGAGCUGAAUUCCAUCAUUGAAUCUUUCCCUUUCAAGUUUACAGAUAAAACCAACAGACCUCAUCCAAUUUCAAAGUCGUUUGCAUCCAAAAAAUCUAUUGGUGGGAAUUGCCACGAAAACUGGACACUAUUGAGACUUCUGCCUCUGAUGAUCGGUCACAUUAUACCAGAAGAUGACAAAACAUGGGAAAUUCUAUUAGAUUUGAAAGAAAUAGUAGAGCUUCUAGCUAGUGGACAUUUUUCAGAAGAGACAUUGGCAUACUUGGAGUGUAAAAUCUCCGAUCACAGGUGCCUAUUAAAAGAGGUGUUUCCUGAUUUCCACCUCCUGCCCAAGCACCACUUCUUGGAACAUUAUCCCGAACUGAUUCGGAGAUUUGGUCCCCUGGUUGAUUUCUGGACCAUUAGAUUUGAAGCUAAGCACAGCUUUUUUAAAAGGGUGGUGCAUGAUUCUCACAAUUUCAGAAACAUCUUGCUCACUCUAUCAAAAAAACACCAGCUUACUUUAGCUUACCAUCUAGACUUGCCAAGUCUUUUCAGACCUGAUCUGGAGGUUGGACACACUACAGUUGUUUCACCUGAUGCACUCGAGCACUCCAUGAGGCGGGCUGUAGAGCUGAAAUAUGGAAACCUAAGUCGUGUGUCUCUUGCAACCCAUGCCUGCCUUUAUGGCACGAAGUAUUCAGAGGGUAUGUUUCUGUCCGUGGGGCACACCAGUGGCCUGCCUGACUUUGGGAAGCUGGUUAAAAUUCUAGUUGUGUCCAGCAAAGUGUCUUUCUUCAUAGAACCAUAUCAUGCAUGGUACAUGGAGCACCUGCGGAGUUAUGAGUUGAUGAAAAAACAGUCUUCUGAACUGGUGAUUGUGGAAUUACAUGAACUAAAUGGAUAUCAACCCCUGUAUCCAUACACAAAAGCAGGCAAACUGAUCGUGACAUCAAAAGUUUUUCUUCAUUAAGGUAUAGUUGAGCUGUUAUUUUACUUUAAAUGGCGUUCCUCUCCUUCCUCUGAAAAACAUAUGCAAUAUGUCCAUAAGCGUAAAAACAUGUUUUAAACAGAAUGUUUAUUAAUGUUUCUUUAUUGUUCAUUUUGUCUUUUCUUACAUUCUUUUUUUUUCUCAUCACCAGGGAAGUCGUGAGAGUUCUUCAAUUGCAAGAUGCUGUUGCGUGUGAUCAUUUCAGCACAGGACAUUAGAAAGCUCCGCUUGGACUCUGUUCCAGAUUCGGUUCACAGCCUGAAACUGGUGUUGAAAAACAAACUGCAGUUACGCUCUCCAUUUGACCUUCAAUAUGAAGAUGAGGAUUUCAAAGACUUCUGUAACCUCACGUGUGUUGACGAUCUACCGAAAGACAAGGUGACAUUGCAAGUCGUUUUCUGCCCUGUCUCUUCGGACUCAAGUUUGGACACUUUAAGCUCUGCUGUACCAUCAUCUCCGACAGCAUCCUCUUCAGCUCAUUCAUCAUCUCCGACGACGUCCUCUUCAUUGAGCAGCCAAACGAAGGGCUUUGCGGGUCAGCGUUCACAGCACUGGCCAACUCAUUUUCCCAUUCCCACCUUCUCAUAUGAUGUUGAGCUGAGGCUCAGGCAGGGCAAUGGUGCUUUUAAAGAAAGUGGAGCACUUCUAUCCAUUUCAAGGGACAUGAAGUCUGAGAUUCUGCUCAAACUUGCUGAAACAAUAUAUUCAUUCAUGACCUACCCUACACUUGAACAUUAUGGAUGUGUAGCCAAGGCACUUGUUGAAAAACACCCUUGCCUUACAGAACCUGGCUCCACAUCUGGAUGGUAUGGAUGGAAACACAGCAUAAAGUUUAAGAUGGGCAAUUACAGACAGAAAUUAAAAGCUGUGGGCUGCCGAGAACUGGAGGUUAAUUCUGAGAAAAGAGGUGCUGGGGACACGCGAGGGAAGAGAAACAAAGUCAAGAAACCUAGACGGUCUGAAACAAAUUUUCUUCCAGAUCUCCCCCAGGGAAGAGACAGCAGAAGUCUUGAAGAAGAUAGAGAAAAGAUGGUCCAGGAGAUGAGAAAAACAACCCCAAACCUAGCCUACAUCAAUAAUGCAAUGAAUGCCACAUAUGCACUGAGAAGACAGGAGAUCGUUGAAGAGGAGCCACCUGUGGCCGAAAUGAGAGUCAGAUGGCCUGCCCUUUUUACUGAAAGACAGAUCGUCAAGGAAUUCACCAGGCUCAUGUCAAUGGACAUCAAUAAGUUCUAUGAGGGUCUUGACAGCCAUCUGCAUAAACUUCUUCAGUUAUUCCGGUUGAAGCGCUUUGAGGAAGUUCAAGAAAUGACAUCCUUAAUGGAGAGUCUCGACAAGGAUGCAUCAAACCAAAGGAAGAGAGCAGCAGCUUUGCAGGGACUGCCAUGGUACAUGAAGGAAAAUCCUUCUACAUUGAUGAAGAGAUGUGAGCCAACAGAUCCUGGGGAGGACGUCAUCAAGGGAAUGGUGAUUGGAAUCCUCUUGGUCGUUGAAGAUGUGAAGGAGCCCCUUCCAGUUUCCUACAACGAUGUUGCCAUCGUCAUCGAGGAAAAGAUUGUCAUGCGUCAUCUCGGUGAUGUACCCAACGCUUUUGUGAACCUGAUGGGCCUGCUGUACAUGCUGAACCUUGACUAUCCAAAAGACAUUAAAUAUACUUUUGAGGUGAUUCAGCGCCUGUUCAUGGGAAUCGGGUCUGAGAUCUGCACUCCCAGAGUCCACUCUCUAAAGAAUAAACUGCUACGCUAGAGGGAUGGCUCAGGAGGAUGUUUCUGCAUUUGGCCCUGAGGAAGUGUUUUUUUUUGCCAUUUGUUCACUAUGUAGUAAGAGGAAAAGAAAUGUAAAGUCCUUCUGUGGGUCACAAGUUUUUUAUGUUUUCAUGUUCUAACCGAUCUCUAUUGCUCUGUGGAGGAAAUGUCUCUUCCAGACACUAAUGCAGACGUUAAUGUUGUAGACCAAACAUGAACAGAGUGGAGAUUUCAGUAAUGUUUGAACGUGUUCAUUUUCUGGCUGACACUUGAGCAAGUUUCUCAGAGAGAGAUUCCUAUUUUGUAUGUAUAUCUUGCUGCAUUUUACUGAACAUUCCCUUAGAAUGGAUCAAGAUGUAGAUGUUGAUAAAGUCAUUUAGAGAGUUUGGUUUUUUUCCCCUCAAAGAAAGGAUGCUCUUUAUUUUAAUUUUGUUCUUACAAGUGGGACACAGUGUAACUUCAGUUUUUGACCAGCCCUGAAAGAGUUCUCGUUUUUUACACCGUUUAGUAAGCGAUGAAAUCGAUUGCCCUUCUGUGGGUCACCCCACCUUGUUUUCAUGUACUGACUUAUUUCAAAAGUAUUAAUCCAUGUGAUGUUACAGAGAAAUUGUCAAGAGUGGACAUUUCAGUAAUGUUUGAAUGUUUUCAUUUUCAGCAAGUUUCUGAGAUUUGUUUUGGUUUUUUAUGAAUCUUUUUGCAAUUUACUGCAGCAACUCUGAAGAUUAAAGUGAUGGUUCGGAGUAAUUUCAUCCUAGGGUCCUUUGCACCAUGACCGCGA